UCAUCAUAAUUAUAGUUUCACGUUUGUUUGAAAUGUUUAUCGAGUGGACUUUUGUGAUCUCCAGCGUCACCCUCAUUUCUGCAGAAUGGAAAGCGGAUAGGAUAGUAGGAGGUCAUUCAGCGGUUCCCUGGCAGGCUUCUCUUCUAAAAAAUAAAAACCAUUAUUGCGACGCCGUUAUCUACAGUGAUGAGAUCGUUAUAACGGCAGCCCACUGUAUUCCUGUUAACGAAAAUACAAUCGUAACCAUAAGAGUUAGCUCGUUCAAAUGUCACUCCGGUGGUCAGGUGGUAAAUGUUUCAAAAACCGAAAUUCAUGAGCAUUUUACCCGAAGUUUAUCAAACGACAUAGCCGUAAUCCGACUUAAUUCCAGUCUCCAAAUGGGUGUCAAUGUGAUGUCGAUCCCAUUGGCCGAUAUUUCUCCACAACAUGGAUCCACAGCCACAAUCUCCGGAUGGAAAGAUGGUGGCUGUAAUAAGCCAGGAUUUAGAACCUUAUUGGAAAAGCCUGUGGCCAUUGUGGACUGCCAGAAGUCGUAUGGCAAAAAUAUACCCCGUAAUAUGAUAUGUGCUGCGGCUUUAAAAAGAGAUUUCUGCUCCGCGAAAACUGGAGGACCUCUGGUGUCCGGUGGCAAAUUGGUUGGCAUCGAUUCCCUUGGCAUAGGAUGUACUAAUAAAAAUUACCCGGGAAUCUAUGCUAAUGUGGCUGAACUUAAGCCUUGGAUCUUGAAAGCUAUUAAAAAGGUUUCAUUGCCAGGUACAGGAAAAGUAUGAAAGACUUCAUAAGAAACCAAGAAAAGCUCAAUUUAAUUUUGAAACAUGCAUUUAAAGCAGGUCUUUUAAACAACAAGUAGAAAGACUUUAUAAAAAAAAACAUUAAAGCUUACUUUAAUUUUGAAAAAUAAACUUAAAGCAUGUCUUUUAAAGAACAAAUAAAUUAUUCAAAUUUCAACAAUAUUUCAUGCCAUCUGGUGGCAAAAACUUUGUGCUCGAUGCUUGAAACUAUUUGCAUGCACUUCUUUUCAUUCCUUCGGCUCCCUUAUAUAAUUCUCCUUCUUCCGGAAUUGUCUGCAACUUAAUCUCCGCGCUGAGUUUGGGGCUUGAAAAAGCGAUUUCCGAGUCAUUGGGCAAUGCAAACUAUGCAAUAUAAUCGCAUGAUAUAUGCCUAAUCUCUGCUACAAACUUCCCAUCGCCGAGAAAAUGGAAAAUCGCAGCCCGGGGAAAAUAGCCAGCCGCUUAGCCAGGGGA